CACCCCAAAAAAAAACCUCAAUUCAGGCGAUUUUCUCUGUCGCAUAUUAGGGUAAAGCCAUGAGUUCUCUGGGCACGGCGAAGGGGAUCGUCGAGAUCGCCAAAUUCGCACUGUACGUCGCCAUUCCGGCCUCUCUAACCUACGCCGUUGCCGCCGAUUCCGGGACUAUUCACAAGCUCAUGGGAUUCAAGCCUUAUGUGGUUUAUCCUCCUGAAGGUCCUCCUCCUCCAUCUCCAGAAGAGCUCCGAGAAAUGGCCCGGGAGUUGGCUCGCAAGAACAAAGGCACCUGAUUGAGGCUCCGUUUCGAACAGUUUUAUUAUUGCUUCUUAAAGCAGAUUUUUAGUACAAAAUUUUUAAUUUUUAUAUUAAAAAACUGCUUUAAGAAGCAAUAAAAAAUAUGUCCCAAACAAAACAUGAAUCAACCACAGACCUGCUGAAAUUUCACCAUCUAAUCAACAAAUUGAUGUAAUUGUAUUCUUUUU